GGGUUCGGAAUUACGCUUGCAUCUAGCAUAGCAACGCAGUCAACACGAACGUAACGGGAACCGUUGAAAGAUGGACCAAACAAAAAGACCACUUCUGAUUCCCCCCGAAUUCAGUACAUAUGCCGAGGAACAUGGUAUCUUUGAUAUGUACAAGAGGUUGAUAGAACACCUGAUAGUAAACAAACCUGAAGACCCUCUAGCAUUUCUUGUUGAACAACUGAAAAAAGAAAAUGAUGAUGUACCACAGGUCAUCAUUCUGGGACCUCCGGCCUCCGGCAAAAAGAGUAUCAGCAAACUGUGUGCCAACAAACUACGAACAGCUCACUUGACGACAGAAAAUCUCAUCCAGGAGUCAGAAACAGAAAUCAAGAUGAAGGUCAUGGACCUACUCAAGAAGAAAGAGCCUGUACCAUCUGAUAUCUGGGUGCAGAUUCUGACAGAGAGAUUAAAAUUAAUGGACUGUGUAAAGAAAGGCUUCGUGUUGGAGGGAUUUCCCCAAACGAGAGAACAAGCAUUGGCAUUGCAGUCAGUGGGAAUGCAUCCAAAACAUUGUGUAAUACUGGAUGCACCGGACACAGUCCUGAUAGAGAGAGCUCAGGGAAGAAGGGUGGAUCCAAAAACUGGAGACAUUUACCACACAACAUUUGACUGGCCUCCCAAUGGCGAAAUCCAGAAUCGUCUGGAGGAAACACCAGGCUACACAGAGGAAGACAUGGUCAAUAAACUCAUAGAAUACCACCGACAUAUUGACGAAAUCCUAGAGUGCUACAAAAAGGUCGUCAAGACGGUUAAUGCUGAUCAACCCAAAGCCGAUGUAUUCUCACAAGUGUAUUCCUACCUGUGCAGUCAAACCCGGUCCAAUGCUCCCCACACCCCCAGGAUUGUACUACUGGGACCCACAGGCUCAGGGAAAGGUGUUCAGGCCGCCCUUCUGGCAAACAAGUACAACAUUGUCAAUGUCUCCUCUGGUUCACUAGUAAAACAAGCCAUUGCAGACGAAACAAAGGCAGGACAAGCAGCAAAGGCCUACAUUGAGAAAUCUAUGAUGGGCUUGAAUGGAAAUGAGGGGGUUAAAUUGCCAGACAACAUAAUCCUAGACAUUAUGAGGGAGCGUCUUGGCCAGUUAGAUUGCGUCAGUAGGGGUUGGGUCCUCCAUGGCUACCCCCGCACCCGGGAACAAGCAGAGGCCCUCGCUAAAGACGGAUUUGUUCCAAACAGAGUCUUCUUCUUAGAUGUUCCCAAUGAUUCUGUGAUAGAGCGAUUAACAUUACGAGCCACUGACCCAAUCACAGGAGAGCGAUAUCACAUGUUAUACAACCCACCAAGAACUCAGGAAAUCAAAGAGAGACUACAUAAACAUCCAAAGGACGGUGAUGAUGCCGUUCGCCAGAGGCUCGCAGAAUAUUCUUCGUACGUAGAGGAAAUUGCAGAUUACUACACUGAGGCUCAGCAUGUGAAUGCGGACCAGGAUCCUCACACAGUGUUUGAGUGUAUCGAGAGUAUGAUUGUAAAUCCACUGCCAAAGCGAUUUACUACAUAAAUUAAACCGAUCAUCCAGAAAGACAAAAUGUUUAGGUGACAUCUUUUGACAUUACAGAAGACUAUUCUAAUGAGUUUAUUAGUUUAUAAUGACAAUUUGUACAUUUUAAAAUCUUAUAUUUACAAAACACAUGUUUACAUUGUAUUGACAUUAAAUAUGGGACAUAAUUAUUUGAAUGAAAA